AUGCCGAUUAGCCAGAGAGUUGUAACGCAGAUCGCCGCGGUUCCGGUUAUCUUUGCCGUUGUUUGUUACUCGUUCUGGUCAUCAAUCAUCGGACCGGAUAAUCUAAAAUACUCCAAAAAGGUCCUCCAGUUUGCUAAGACAAUACCUCUCCCAGGGGAUGGACCAGAGAGCUUAGAGUUCGAUUCACAAGGUGAAGGCCCUUACGUUGGCGUCACCGACGGUCGCAUCCUCAAAUGGCGCGGCGAGGAACUCGGCUGGCUCGAUUUCGCCCACACUUCUCCACACAGAGAUAAUUGUUCGAGGCAUGAGGUGGUUCCUAGUUGUGGGAGACCACUGGGACUUAGCUUCUAUAGGAAAACAGGAGACUUGUACAUAUGUGAUGGUUACUUUGGUGUCAUGAAGGUCGGACCAGAGGGAGGCUUGGCCGAGUUAGUUGUUGAUGAAGUCGAAGGUCGCAAAGUAAUGUUUGCCAACCAAAUGGAUAUCGACGAAGAAGAAGAUGUCUUCUACUUCGUUGAUAGCAGCGAUAAAUACCAUUUCGGGGAUGUAUUCUACGUGUCGAUAUCGGGUGAGAGAGUGGGAAGAGUGAUUAGAUACGAUAUGAAGACGAAAGAGGCCAAAGUUAUUUUGGACAAACUUCAUUUCCCUAAUGGGUUAGCUCUAAGCAGAGACAAUUCGUUUGUACUUGUCGGCGAAAGCGGUACAGCCUUUAUCCAUAGAAUAUGGGUGAAAGGUCCAAAAGCAGGGACCAGCGAGGUAUUUUCAAAGGUCCCCGGGGGACUGGACAAUCUCCGGCGUACACCAACGGGUGACUUUUGGGUCGCAAUACAUAGCAAAUUCACUUUAUUCUCUCGUGUGUUUCUUAGUCACUCCUUGGUGGGGAAGGCUUCCAUGAAGUUGUUGAAAGUGGCGACUUUGAUUAAUCUCACGGGCGGAGGGAAACCUCAUGGAGCCGUCGUGAAAAUCUCUGGCGAGACCGGUGAGGUUCUUGAGGUGCUUGAGGACAGUGAAGGGCAAACCAUGAAGUUCGUUAGUGAAGCUUAUGAGACAAAAGAUGGCAAGUUGUGGACCGGUUCUGUGUUUUGGCCUGCCGUUUGGGUGCUUGAUACUUCGGUUUUUGAAGGCAAAUGA